AUGAAUCAGAGUCUGAACUGGCAGAGGAACAUUGAUAGUCCAGUGGCCGCUACUGUGCUCACUGAAGCGGCCAGCAACUUGAGUGGAGCGGCAUUUGUGGAAACGUCCAUGUAUAUAUAUAUUUGGGUAACAAUAGUCAACGGUAUCAUCUUCCUUACUGGAGUCAUCGGCAAUGCAAUGGUUAUUGUCGUGGUCGUUAAGGUCCGGGACAUGCGCACAACGACAAACUACUUUCUCGUGAACCUGAGUAUAGCGGAUUUGUUAGUCCUCCUUAUCUGUCAACCGUCCGCACUACUCGAGUUUUACGCCAAGGACCGAUGGUACAUUGGGAAGGCGCUCUGUAAAGCUAUACCGUUGCUGGAGAAUGCAGUAGUUCACGCCUCUGUUCUGACCAUCCUCGCCAUCACCACAGAAAGAUUCAACGCAAUAUGUUUCCCUUUAAAGAGAACGCUCAAGUUCAAAGCUCGUGUGGUUGCCAAGAUAAUAGGUGUGAUCUGGACACUAUCCUGUCUUACAGCAAUACCUUUUGUCUUUAUGACAACUGUUGAGGACGCGAUCUUCUACGACGGGUCUCCGUGUCAGGUUUGUCGCACAAAAGUCGAGGAGGCAUGGCAAUAUGGCUACCUCCUGUCGAUGCUUUCCAUUUUCUUUGCAGUGCCUCUGUUCGUCCUUGUCUUCAUGUACGCCAAAAUCAUCCGAUGUCUAAUAUACGACUCCACAUCUAUUCUGUCGCGUAAAAAUCCAAGCUCAAUAUAUAACAUCCGAACACGUCAUCAGGUGGUGAGAAUGUUAGUGGCCAUCGUAUUGUUAUUUUUCCUUUCUAUGUUUCCAUUGCGAGUAGUAACAUUGUGGGUUAUAUUUGCUCCACCUAACAACGUGGAGGCACUCGGCAUGGAAGGUUACUUCAAUCUCUUAGCCUUUGUCCGGGUCAUGUUCUACCUCAACAGUGCUGGUAAUCCUGUUAUUUAUAGUCUUACCUCCACAAAGUUUAAACUGGCCGUGAAGAGGGUUUGGGGUACAUACAGUCCUGCCAACGGACAGCCUCUCUACAGAAACACGCAGCACAUGGAUGGGAAAGACAUCAGUCUGCAACGUUUUACGACAAACCAACUGGACGCCAACAGCAAUAAUUCACGGAGAAUCUGUGGAUUUAUCAUCUUAGUGAUGCGAGAGGAAUACCUGAGACAUCCGCGAUAUGACGGUAUACUGGAAGUGUUGAUGGAAAACAUGGAGAAGACUAGAAAAUGGAAAAUAAUUUUAAAAAGGAUAAUUCAGAAGUAUUUUGCAGAAGAAGAAGGGGUUGCAUUCGUAUAUAAGAAAGCAUAA